ACACUCUCUCUCUCUCUCUCUCUCUCUCUCUCCUCUCUCUCUCUCUCUCUCUCUCUCUCUCUCUCUCUCUCUCUCUCUCUCUCUCUCUCUCUCUCUAUUAUCGGUAAUGCUGAGAAAUCAUAGAUACGGAUUUUCGGAUUUGAUGGACUGCACACUUUUAUGACGUGACCAGAAUUAUUCGUGCACUAAGUACGCAGAAUCGUAUGUGCCAGUGUAGUAAUGCGCAAUAAUAAAUAUAAAUUCUACCUUUAACUUUUGUUUUGAGACCGCAAAAGCGUUUUGGUUAAACACUGAACAUGCAUAAUUUGCGAAACAUCCAUUGUUGUUUUACAAAGGACAUACUCUAGAUAACAUAUACCAUAUGAGAUGUGUUUCGUCCAAAUUAAAAGUAAGAACACGUUCGUGCAUUUGGUAUUCACGGAAAAGAUGUUGAAGGAUGCUCUUUGUUUGUUGUAUAAUGAACGAAGAGCAAUAUAUUUAGUUAAUUAUCUUUUGGCAAUAUUUACACUGUUUUUUUUUAUCAUACCAUAUGUACCUACAAUCAUGUAGGUUUGGAAUACAAUUUUAUAUGUAACUGUGAGGUCAUUCUCACCAGUUCAUUCCUGUGGUAAGCGAAGGUUAGCCCAACGUCAUGAGCAACAUGUUUAAUCCUGCUGUCGUACGUAACCAGCCGUCAUCAUGAGAGAAUUAGCAGGCUAGCAUGAAAUCUAGCACGUAGCAUAUUGUACAUAGUCUACUAAUUAAUAUGUUUUAUUGUUUACAAUGUCAAUAUAUAUGUUUACCGAUAAAAUGGAAUAAAGACAUAAGGUAAAAAAAAAAAGAAUAAUUGCCUUCCGUGUAUGAUAAUUCACGAGUUGCUGUGAAAUAACCAAAAAUAUUGUUUUAUAAAAGAAUACAUAUACUUAACAACAUUCUAGAUUUAUUCAAUAAAAAUCUGAAGACAAAAUCAAGCAUUUAUUGUCAAUAGUUUUACCAUUUCCGCAACUGUUCCUCAAUUCUCGUACAUCGCCAUCCGCGGCCCCGAACAUUUCACAACGUCAAAAAAAAAGAAAAGAAAAAAAGUGGCAAUGAAAUAGAAUAUACAUACUUGAAGACCGCUUUGCAUGAAAUAAACAAUCUUCUAUAUUAAUAUUCAAUCUGAAAAUACAAUAUACUAUUACAAACCACACGAAAACUUGCGAAUAUGUGCUUGAAUGAAAACGCGAUGUUGGCAAGCCUGGUGGCGUACACUACACACGUUGAAGCAAGAAGAGCGUUGUCGCCGCCUUCAGCACUUGUUCCAACCCGUAGCGAGACUCAUACGAUCACCAGUUCCACCGUGUGCCCUUGCAGAGAUUGGCACACGAUGUGGCUACCACUACCGAGGUAUAAUUGAAGAGUAGAAGAGGUAAGCGACCGUCAGUUGAGAGAAACAACAGAAGGAGGAGGAGGAUAUACAGUGUGAAUCUCCCGAGUGUGGAAAAUAGUUUCCUUAUUAAGUGUGUCUGGAGGAUGUGCCUGUGAUGGGGAUACAGUGCCUUGAGAGUAUUAGGGAAUAUCGUAAGUAUGGUAGGAAGAUUUAGAAGAUUUUGAUGGUGUUGAUCAGGGAGUGACAGAAAUGGUGUUUCAGGGUGGAAUCCAGGUGAGGGUGUGAAAAUGCCACCCGACCUGUCAGAGGCAGAGCGGCCACUGGCUGUGUUCCCCCCCGAGAGCAGCCGGGAGACAACCUGUGAUAACCCCCCACCUAGACUUGCGGCUGAAUGCAUCACCAGCAGCAUUGGUACGGGUGUGCCAAGGGAAGAGCAUCACCCCUUACCCAGACCUGCGGCUGAAAGUGCGGACAGCAACACUGGCAAAGGCGGUGGGGGGCAGGUUCAUCAGCCCCAAGGUUGUGGUGGUGGGUCUAAAGUGGGAGAAGGUGCGAGUGGGUUCACUAACCAGGGUGGGGAGACUCAGGUCACCUCAUCCAAUGUGCCAUUGUACCGCCUCUCUCCUGCUCUCAGAGCCACCUUCACCUCAGUGGGAGCCACCGAUAAACCCUACCCAUUCAGAGAGGGGUGUAUGUACCUGCCUGCGUUCUCACCAUUGUGAUCGAGGAUAUGGUUGUCUGGUAUCCACUGAGAUGCACAGCUGACAUAAGAUAAAACCUGAAGCACAGCACCCCAAAUUGCUUUCCUCAGCUUGCAGGAGCCUAGGCAUUAGCAAGUAAGCUGUUGCUUUAGCUCAUUUAUCAUGAAAGCCUUAUAUGA